GUCUGCGGUGCUCGCGGCUUCUGGUCAUAAUGUCGGGGGUGUGGGUGUUCAAGAACGGCGUGGUCCGCCUCGUCGAGAACGUCGGCGGCGAGCAGGGUGCCGUGGGCCGCCGCAAGGUCCUUGUCCACGUCCCCACCAGCGAGGUGAUCACCUCCUACGACGUCCUCGAGGAGAAGCUGGCGGUGCUGGGGUGGGAGCGGUACCCCAGCACGCCGGAUCUGAUCCAGUUCCACAAGCGCUCCUCCGUGCACCUCAUCUCGGUACCUACGGACUUCUCCAAGUUCCGGUCGGUGCACAUGUACGACAUCGUUGUCAAGAGCCGCAACAUCUUCGAGGUCCGUGAUGCAUGAUCGCUCACGUACCCGUCACCAGCUCGCUCCCAUGCACAUCUCGUCUCCUAGUUAUACGUAAGCUAACUUAGCAACCGAUAGCAGUCGAAAUAAGCUUGUGUAUGAUUACGUACAACUCCACUGUGAGAUCGACCG